GAUUGUUCAUACCCUUCUCUCUCUCUCUCACUCUGUUAUUGCCACCUCUGAUUUCCCCUUCUUCUUCUUCUUAAUUAUUUCACAGAAAUCCAACACCACCACCAUGAAAAUAAGUCCAAAAGAUUCAACAUCAGAAAUGUUCCUUCAAACAUCAUCAUGGAGCAUCACAAAGCUAAUGGCUUUCUUCUUCCUCAUAAUCUCCAUCUCCUCCGUCACAAUCCUAACCCAUUCAUCAUACAAUCAUCAAUGUUCUCAUCACCCCACAUCAAUGACGAUUCAAAUAUCCGACCCACCAUCAUCAGCACCACCACCAUUACUACUAUCUCUUCAACAAACCACCACCCCAACAAAACAACACCACCGUCAACCCAUUGUUCUUGAUGAUCACAAAAGUAGAACCAACUUAUCCCACAUAGUGUUUGGCAUAGGAGCAACAUCAAAUUUCUGGAACCAUAGGAAACAGUACAUUAAACUAUGGUGGAGGCCUAAUGUGACUACGGGUAAUGUGUGGCUUGACCAAAAGGUUCAAAUUGAAAAUGGUGAAGACUCAUUGCUUCCAACAUUGAGGGUUUCUAGUGACACAUCCAAGUUCAAGUACAACCACCCCAAUGGACACAGGUCAGGGAUUCGUUUAUCACGGAUAGUAUCUGAGACAGUGAGGCUAAAGAUGAAGAAUGUGAGGUGGUUUGUGAUGGGGGAUGAUGACACAGUGUUUGUGACAGAGAAUUUGGUUAAGGUGCUACAAAAAUAUGAUCAUAAUGAAUUCUAUUACAUAGGGUCAAGUUCAGAGAGUCACAUGCAGAACAUUUAUUUCUCAUAUAACAUGGCAUUUGGAGGAGGUGGGUUUGCAAUUAGUUACUCUUUGGCACUGGCAUUGGAGAAGAUGCAAGAUAGGUGCAUUCAGAGGUACCCUUCAUUGUUUGGUUCAGAUGAUAGGAUUCAAGCUUGUAUGGCUGAGCUUGGUGUUCCACUUACUAAGGAGAAUGGAUUUCAUCAGUUCGAUUUAAAAGGAAAUCUAUUUGGGCUCCUAGCAGCCCAUCCAGUUACACCACUAAUAUCUCUUCAUCACCUGGACCUAGUGGAGCCCAUAUUCCCAAACAUGACAAGAGUCCAGGCCCUGCAGAGGCUCAAAGGCCCAAUAAAACUUGACCCUUAUGGCCUUAUGCAACAAUCCAUUUGCUACGACAAAACCCGGGUUUGGACCAUAUCCGUGUCUUGGGGGUAUGCGGUUCAAAUAUUCCGGGGCAUCUUCUUGCCCCGGGAUGUAGAGUUGCCGGCGACAACCUUCUCAAAUUGGAAUAGCAAAUCCGAUCACAAUGCAUUUCCAUUCAGCACGCGUCCUUCUAAUCGUAAUGUUUGCCAGAAGCCUUUUGUUUUUUACUUUUCUAAUGUCACCUAUGAUGGCUUCGCUGAUGAAACGAUAAGCGACUAUGUUCGAGUCGAUCCGAACCCGGAUUGUAGGUGGAAAAUUCCGGGUCCUACCCAGGUCAGAAAAAUAGAAGUCCACAAGAAACCUGACCCGCAUAUGUGGGAGAAGGCUCCACGAAGAAACUGUUGCAGGGUUCGACCAAGAAAGGAGGAAGAGACUCUUGUGAUUGAUGUAAGGGAAUGUAGAGAAGAUGAAGUUCUUGAAUUGUAGAUUCGAGCAUUUGUAAAUAGUUAUAUUCAUGUCUCAAUCACGUAUUCACUUUACUUCAUUUCAUGCAUCAUCAUGUUCUUUGGAGAAUUUGGUAGCAU